CUAGCGGUUCAGGGGCCAGUGCUAUGUCGUAGUGUUGAUGGACUAGGCUAUUCUCCUGCUUGUAUCAAGACGUCAAAGAUAUCGAUGGAUAUGGUACCGUUUCAAUAGUAGAUUGUAUCUAGUCGUGUAACAGGAAAAGAUGUCUAACAUACUUCUUGCAGCGACCAACGUGAAAUGGAACCGGUCUGCAGCGGCGAAGCGGGCAGCCUUUCUUGUGGUUGCUGCAUACAGCGUGAAAACGCUCUACCCCAUCAUCUGCAAACAGAUCAACAAACGAAAACAGUCAAAAAACCAGCCACCUUCAAGAGGAGAGGAAAAUGGAUCGUUGGUCGUCAAGAAAUCUACGAUGGACAUAGUGCCUUCCCACAAGAAAUCUCCCGGUGUGGAUGCAGAAUUUUUCAAGCAGGUCCUGGAACUCGUUAAAAUAGUAUUUCCCAAGCUUUUAACAAAGGAGCUAGGUUUGUUGUGUUUACACUCUGUUGCACUCGUCUCUAGGACGUUUUUAUCUAUUUAUGUGGCUGGAUUGGACGGUAAGAUUGUGAAAACGAUCGUGGAGAAAAAACCCAGGAGCUUCAUCUUCAAGCUAAUGAAAUGGCUCCUCAUUGCUAUUCCAGCUACGUUCGUGAACAGCGCUAUCCGCUACCUGGAGUGCAAGCUGGCGCUGGCUUUUCGUACCCGGUUGGUGAACCAUGCAUACAAAACCUAUUUCACCGACCAGACCUACUAUAAGGUUAGCAACAUGGACGGUAGACUGGCUAACCCGGACCAGUCGCUCACGGAGGACGUGAUGAUGUUUUCUCAGUCCAUCGCACAUUUGUAUUCUAACCUCACCAAACCCAUUCUGGAUGUGGUCCUCACGUCAUACACUCUCAUUCAGACAGCCCGGUCCCGUGGGGCUAACGCCAGUGGACCAACACUAUUAGCCGGACUAGUUGUGUUCGCCACGGCCAAGGUGCUACGGGCAUGUUCGCCGAAAUUUGGCAAACUCGUGGCAGAGGAGGCCCACAGGAAAGGAUAUCUACGCUACGUGCACUCGAGAAUCAUUGCCAAUGCAGAAGAGAUAGCAUUCUACCGGGGACACAAGGUCGAGAUGCGACAGCUGCAGAAGUGCUACCGGGCCCUGGCCGAGCAGAUGAACCUCAUCCUGUCCAAACGCCUGUGGUACAUCAUGCUCGAGCAGUUUCUCAUGAAGUACGUGUGGAGCGGCAGCGGCCUUGUCAUGGUGGCGGUGCCAAUCAUCACAGCUACCGGUUUCGCUGACAACGAGAUGGCCGACGGGCACACGCAGGUGAUGGUGAGCGAGAGGACCGAGGCCUUCACCACCGCACGCAACCUCCUGGCGUCAGGAGCCGACGCCAUCGAGAGGAUCAUGUCUUCCUACAAAGAGGUGACAGAGUUAGCGGGCUACACGGCGCGUGUGCACAACAUGUUCUUGGUGUUUGGGGAGGUGCAGAGGGGCGUGUACAAGCGCUCCUCGCUCUCAGGGGGGGACGAGGCGGCCACCGGACGCCUGGCACUGCACAUCGAUGGACCCCUGGACAUUAAAGGGAAGGUGAUUGACGUGGACAAGGGCAUCAUCUGUGAGAGCGUUCCGAUCAUCACGCCCAACGGUGACGUGGUGGUGUCCUGCCUCAACUUCAAGGUUGAAGAGGGUAUGCACCUCCUGAUUACAGGACCCAAUGGCUGUGGGAAGAGCUCUCUGUUCCGCAUCCUCAGUGGCCUCUGGCCUGUCUACGGAGGAAACCUCUACAAGCCCCCUCCACAACACAUGUUCUACAUCCCACAGAGGCCGUACAUGUCGAUAGGGACGCUGCGGGACCAGGUGAUCUACCCGGACUCUCUGGAGGAUAUGCGUGAGAAGGGCUUCACGGACAAGGACCUGGAGCGUAUCCUGGACAUCGUCAACCUCAACCAGAUCGUCACCCGCGAGGGAGGCUGGGAUGCAGAACUGGACUGGAAGGAUGUUCUGUCGGGUGGAGAGAAGCAGAGAAUGGGCAUGGCACGCAUGUUCUACCAGAAGCCCAAGUACGCCCUCCUGGAUGAGUGCACGAGUGCUGUCAGCAUCGAUGUGGAGGGAAAGAUCUUCCAGGCCGCAAAGGAUGCUGGGAUAUCUCUGCUAUCUAUCACGCACAGGCCCUCUCUCUGGAAGUACCACACGCACCUGCUGCAGUUCGACGGGGAGGGCGGCUGGCGCUUCGAACAACUGGACACGGCGACACGUCUCUCGCUGACGGAGGAGAAGCAGCGGCUCGAGAGCCAGCUUGCCGGCAUUCCCAAGAUGCAACAGCGCCUCAACGAGCUCUGCAAGAUCCUCGGCGAGGACUCUGUUCUCAAAACGGCCGACCUGAAAGAGGGGGAGUGAGAGGAAGAGAGAAAUAGAGUGUGUGUGUGUGUGUGUGUGUGAGUGUGUGUAAGUUUUAGUGAGAGACAUAGUGUGUGUGUGUGUGUGUGUGUAUGUGUGUGGGUGUGUGAGAGAGAGAAUGUGUUUGUGUGUGUGUGUGAGAGAGAGAGGUAGUGUGCGUGCCUGGGUUUAGUUGUCCCCUUUCAAACCUGCGUCUCUUGAGCUGCUACGUGUGGUUCUGAAUUUGUAAAACCUGGAGACUGGACCCGCACCUGAACUGUCCAAACUGGUUUCAGAUGCCUCUGAAUGAGUGAACUAGUAUCAGCCCUGAGGAACUAGUAUCAGCCCUGAGGGACGCACAGAGCCCAGCCACGCUGGAUGGACGCAGUGCUGCUCCUCAUCGGAUGGCCCUUGGGCCAGCUGCUCAGAUCAUCUUCAUCAUGUCCUCAUCAUUCACAGUGGAAUGGAGAAGGAGACUGCCUGUCUGGAGUUUCAUUUGUCAUUUUUGUAUUUUUUUAAAGGGUGUAUGAUGUUUCGAGACCCGAAACCCCCGAUGACCCCGGGAAAUGUCUGAGUGCUUUGCAACAGUAUUUUGGAGACUGUUUUUAGUUUGUUUUAUUUUCUGGCACUUUAUUCUUCGUCUUCUUUUUCACUUCUUCAAUGUGAUAGUAUAUUUUUUCAUUUUGAUUGCUAGUGGUGGAGCGGUGCUGACUAGCCUGGUCGUUACCAUCCUACGUACUUCCGGCAAAAAUUUGAUUUCAGCCUCGCACGUAGUCUGGCCCAACCAACAUUAUACGGCUCGCGUGUAGCCGAGCCAUUCAGCGAACAGUUGAGUGAUGACGCGGAACUUGCCUGCCGAGUUGCUUGUAGUCCAGCGAAGCUUGUAGUUCAACAGUAUAGCAAUAAUGGCGAUGGAGGAAGAAACGCUAGAAGCUAUCCGUGAAGUUGUUUCAACUCUCGAGGGCAUCACGCAAUUAAAGCAGGAACAAGAGGCUUGUCUUGUCAAUUUUAUAAAUGGCAAGGACGUCGUAUAACUCUCCUUCCAACUGGCUUUGGGAAAAGUUUGAUUUAUCAGAUGGUGAUAACUAAACCUAAACGCAGUGUACUACAUGCAUCAGGGUCAUUCCACGUCAAUUCAACCAGGGCCCACACACUUAGGUCUCAAAAAAUUCAGAAAAAAUUACCAGGUGUGUUACCCAGGAGACACACUGUAAAAUUACUA